AUGCCAGUGUCCACUUUUAUCUAUCUAUCUAUCUAUCUAUCUAUCUAUCUAUCUAUCUAUCUAUCUAUCCCAGUCUGUUCCUAUCUAUCUAUCUAUCUAUCUAUCUAUCUAUCUAUCUAUCUAUCCUAUCUAUCUAUCCCAGUCUUUUUCCUAUCUAUCUAUCUAUCUAUCUAUCUAUCUAUCUAUCUAUCUACCCCAGUCUUUUCCUAUCUAUCUAUCUAUCUAUCUAUCUAUCUAUCUAUCUAUCUAACUAUCUAUCUAUCUAUCUAUCUACCCCAGUCUGUUCCUAUCUAUCUAUCUAUCUAUCUAUCUAUCUAUCUAUCUAUCUCAAACUCUUCAUAUCUCCCCCACCUCUCUCACUUACUAUCUAUCUGUACAUAUCUGUCAUCCUAUCUUAGCCUAUUCAUAUCUAUCUAUCUAUCUAUCUAUCUAUCUAUCUAUCUAUCUAUCUAUCUAUCUAUCUAUCUAUCUCAGUCUUUUCAUCGUCUAUCUAUCUAUGAAUUUUUAUUUCUCUGCCUCGCUUUUUUCUUUGCUCAUAUCUAUAUAUGCAUUUUCAUUCUUUGUACCUCUCUCUCUCUCUCUCUCUCUCUCUCUCUCUUGAUGACAUGA